AAGAUAAUGGUUUGAUUGUGAAGUGAUCAUUAUGAUUGAGAAGAUGAUAAAAGAUUAUAUCUUGGCAAUCAUCAUCAUCAUCCCUCACUAUUCACUACUACCAAAGCGCUUGCAGUAGCUCAAGAAAUGGAGGAACCCACCGUCGUAAAUCCUGCAUACCCCUCCAAUCUUUCCCGGAAAAUCAUUUCAAUUGCAGCUGGGGAAGCUCACACUCUCGCUCUAACUGCUGAUGGAAAAGUGUAUUCUUGGGGGAGAGGAACAUUCGGCCGCCUCGGUACUGGUUCGGAGGAAGACCAGCAUUUCCCUGUCCGUGUCAGCUUCUUUGGGUCUGAUGAUGAAAGGGAAGACAAGCUCAAGAUCGUUGGGAUUGCUGCUGGGGCUUACCACAGUCUUGCUCUCGCAGAUGAUGGAUCAGUCUGGGCCUGGGGUUACAAUGUCUAUGGCCAAAUUGGUGUUACUGGAGAAAAUUAUUUAAUUCCGCACCAGUUAGAGGGCUUCUCGGGAUUGGGAUCACCCGGUCCUUCUACACAAGAUAAUGAAAUGAAGAGUGGGAAACCUCUGAAGAUUUCCUCUGUCAAAGCUGGAGCAAUGAUGUCACUGGCCAUAGACAAUCUUGGCGCUUUGUGGAUGUGGGGAAAUUGUCCUCAUCCUUCUGAAAGCAAGCCAUUGGAAGGAGAAUUUUCACUUGUCAGCAGUGUAGCUCCAGUUCCAGUCUGGAACUUCCAUGGCCACAUCGUUGUUAAGGUGGCAUGUGGAAAUGACCAUGUCGUUGCGUUAGUUACUGCAGGAGAAACAUAUGAAGUUGGUGAUCUAGUAUGCUACUCUUGGGGCGGUAACAACCAUGGACAGUUAGGUAUGGGAGACAAUGCAGGCAGGUCGCAUCCGGAGGUCAUAGAAACAUUUAACUCUGAUUCCCCUUGGGAGGUCUAUGAGAUAGCAUGUGGUGCUUCCCAUACAGCUUUAUUAGCAAAAAGAAAGGGACCCAGUGACACUUUAGAAAGUUUCUGCUGGACAUUUGGCUUGGGAGAUAAUGGGCAGCUUGGUCAUGGAACGACCCAAAAUUUAUUGUCCCCAGAACUUGUAAGAGGAUUGCCACAGAGCACGUUCCUUGUAUCUGUUGACUGUGGUUUAUUUCACACAAGUGUCGUUUCGUCUGCUGGAGAAGUAUGGUCUUGGGGGAUGGAAAAGGGCCUUGGUCUAUGUCCAGAUUCUAGGUUUAUUGGGCCUGAUGCUGGGGAUGCUCUUUCUCCCUUACUGAUUCCUUGUAAUGGAUUGCAUGACCACAGAUUCCGAGAACCUCUCCAAGUUGCCUGUGGUGCAGCCCAUACAGUUCUUGUUGCUGAUGCUGGGUAUAAACUAUGGUCUUGGGGCCGGGGACGAAGUGGAGUCCUUGGAAACGGUCAGACAGUUGAUUGCUAUGCCCCAACAGUAGUAUUAUGGCCACUGCUCAGCGAUGAUUUCAGGGAAGAGGAGUCACAAAAUAGGGGGCCAGAUGGGUAUAGCAAAGAAAAGAAUCCUGAAGAAAGUGCAGAAAUCGAGAAAAGACUAUCUGCAGCAAUGGAAGAGAUGAAGCUCCUUCAAUCAAGACUUUCCAUAAUGGAAAGAUAUGUUAGCAUACUGCAUGGCGCAAUAUUUGGGAAGCCUUUCAUAGAGCAUGAAAUUCCAAGCUCUCUCCAGAACUCUGGUACGUUUGAUAUAGCAAAAGAGUGGGAGAAUAUGCUGGACUCAUCAGAUCAAAGAAAACUCGCUCGUCUAGAAAUGUUCUAUCGGGACAUGCUUGCUGGUGUAAAAGACAAGCUGAUGAAGAGAAAGAUACAAGAGAUAGUACAAGAGUGCCUAAAAUCAACUUCUUCAAGGACUGCCGAAUAAAUAUUAUCUGCACUUGUGACUCUGCCCAUAUAACAAUUAGAAAAUACUAAGAAAUUUGUUUAUGCAUCUCUAUUAGCAGUUGAAUAGAAACUUCUUGUGAAGUUUGAAAGAUAGGAUCUUGCUUUUCUAAAAUUCAAUUAAUGAUGUAGCCAUACUAUUGGCUUGAUUUUUUCAAGUUGGAAAAGUAGAAAUAUUUCAUGUA